UGGGCAAAUCAAAAUUCAAAUCAGUCGGCGCUGAGCGUUCGGAGGGGAAGGUUGUGUCGAAUCCAUUCCGAAGUGCGGUUACGAUAUAUCGCGUGUUUAAUAUCGAAAUCGAUAGAUUCGCACAAACAAACAAAUAUUAUUAUAAAGUCUACCUCAUUUAUUAGUGGCGAUAACUAAGUGUUGUGAAUGUUUUAACAUUUUUAAAGACAGUUUGUUACAAAAGUAAAAUAUCAACAAAACUUUUGCGUGAUGGAUGAGCGGCAAGCGCACACGAAGCUAUAGAUGCGCCGUGCACCAGAGAGACCGCGAGGUCAGCUCUGAGAACGACUUCCAUCUCCUUCUCGAAGACCCCACACUAUUUGCCAGGAUGGUGCACCUCGUAGCGAUGGAGGUGCUCCCCGAGGAGAGGGACCGCAAGUACUACCAGGAGCGGUACACGUGUUGUCCACCGCCCUUCUUCAUCAUAUGUGUUACUUUACUAGAGUUAGGAGUAUUCGCGUGGUACGCAUGGGGUGCAGGCGGAGUUGCGGCCGCGGCGGGCCCCGUGCCGGUCGACUCGCCUUUGGUGUAUCGCCCCGACAGGAGACGAGAGCUGUGGCGGUUUCUCACCUACAGUGUUGUGCAUGCCGGAUGGUUGCACCUCGCGUUCAACCUGCUUGUACAGUUAGCGGUUGGACUACCUUUAGAAAUGGUGCACGGAGCGGUGAGGUGCGGUGCGGUGUACCUUGCCGGUGUGUUGGGCGGGUCGCUCGCAGCGUCGGUGCUAGAUCCGGACGUGUGUCUCGCGGGCGCGUCGGGUGGUGUGUACGCGCUGUUAGCCGCUCACCUAGCCAACGCGCUGUUGAACUUCCACGCGAUGCGCUACGGCGCGGUGCGAUUGGUCGCCGCGCUUGCGGUCGCGUCGUGUGACGUCGGCUUUGCAGUUCACGCUAGGUAUACUAAGCAGGAAGCGCCGCCGGUGUCGUACGCGGCGCACGUGGCGGGCGCGCUCGCCGGGCUCACCAUCGGGCUGCUGGUACUGAAGCACGCGCAGCAGCGGCUGUGGGAGCGGCUGCUGUGGUGGGCAGCGCUGGGCGCCUACGCGGCGUGCACGCUCUUCGCGGUACUGUACAACGUGUUCAGCGCGCCGGUGGACGAGCUGCAUUACAUGCCGCCCGACCCGCCGCCCGACGCCGGCUUCUGAUCUGUCACAGGCUUCGAUGUUGUUUCGUAGCUCCGUGCUCCUGGUGUAUCGUAUCGUAUAGCGUUUAUCAGUAUUGUUUGGUCGUACCAAUGUGACGUCAUUUUUAAAGUGCAUUGGAUGUGACGUUAGUUUGCGUUAUGACGUUUGUUUAGGUAUUGUUUGUGUCACGUUUUGCAAGUUUCGUGUCGUAACGUAAUGUUGUAUGUAUCAUAUGUCGUGAUAUAGGGCUCUGGUGACGUUUGUAAUUUAAUUUAAUUUUUUACCAAAAUAUGGUAUUAUCGAUGUAAAUUUACCUUUGCAUCAUAAAAGAUGCAGUGAUACGUUUAUACGUUUAUCGCUUAAUUAGUCAACUUUCGUAUGAUGUUGUAAAAUAUAUUAGUAUUUUCUCAUUUAUGUCAUUCAAUCACGAAAAUGUUUAAAAAUGUUCUUAAUUAAAAUACAUAAAUAUUGCAGCCAAACGAAAAUUAAUCUUCAGACAAUGUUUCAAUGAUGGUCUAUACGAUGGUCUUUAGUCCACACGAUACGCAUACGAUACGAUACACGUGGGUCGUGUAUAUCGGGCUUAUUACCACGCUUUAAUAUAAUAAUGUUAGUUGCUCUAAGUCGAAGCCUAAAGAUACAGUCACGUGACCGUGACCGACUCACAAUACGCCUAGUCAAUUUACCUUAGUGUGAUACGCGAUAAGUAGCAUUAUUUGAGGAGGCCGAACGAAUGUAUGUCUUUGCCUGCUGUAUUUUUAGGUUUUUUUUUAUCCAUUCCUGCUCUUAAGCGGGCUGUCAUGUCAUAUAAAACUGUCACGCUGACAGCACUUGUCAACCGGUUUGACAGCUAAAUCUGUCAACUUGACGGUUUUGUACGUGUCGCCACGCGAUUGUUGGUAGUAAUCGUGAUUGCUAAAUGCAAGUUUGUUACAGAUAACUGUAUGUGAUUCUCUAUGACAUUUUAAUUCACUGCAUUUAAACAGAAUUAUUGACGUUACUGCAAUUUGUAACAUAUUUUUUUCUUUAUCAUUUGAAACAAUAUUCGUAGAUGUUUUAUCUACGGUUAUAUAUAUUGUAAACACCUCUAAUUGCGUAUUUGGUUGGUGUUUGUUUGCAAAUGAGUAAUACGUUUUGACUGUUAUGCAAAAAUUCAAAUGUCAUAAAGAGUAGAUCAGCUGUAUACAUUUUAUUUUUAAUCUAUGUUAUGUUCCGUUACCUUGCACAGUGCAAGACUGUGCCUUUGUGAUGUUCCGCUGUCAUACCCGAUGCGGUCUCCUCACGAUACUUAAUUGUUAAGUAGUCUUUGGGUUAAAACACACACGAUACUACGUCGUAUAGUGAUACGAUGCGACAUCAACACGGUACGAUAUCUUGUCGUAUACAUAUUAUUAAAAUUUAUAUCGUAAUUUGUGCAGUGAGUUUUUGCAUACUCGUUGUAAAUAUUCGCGAGACGAUAUCGUAUCGUAACAAGACGUCGUUGAGUGUGAAUGUCUUUUGGCCCUUAAUGGUAUAGGAUAGGUGAACUAUUUUUGUACCAACUAUCUACGUCCGUAGUAUAUAGGUUGAAAGCACUAACCUCUAUAAUACUAGUAAGCUGGACUGGUGAUAGACAUUCCUUUUAAAAUAUAUUUUGGCGCUAUUUUGCGCUAUAAUGUAGUGAUACCUAUAUUACAAUAAAAAAAAUAUUAAUGUUACAUAUUAAAAAAAAUAAUAGUAGGUAUUUUAUCAUUGUUGCCAUAAGCGUAGAAAAAUUGUAAUUUGAAUCAUAAUUGCAAUAGUCGAUAAGUAUUUUUGAAUCAAAAUCCUAUCAUUAUAAAAUGCCCUUAUUUGGUUUACGGAAACAGUGGCGUAAUUAGAGUGGCAAACUGACCCAGGCCCACGAAUGGGCCCUACAUGAUUUUAGGGCCAGUGAAUUUGCCACGGGCCUUAGAUACUAUGGUUACGCCAUGGAAAACUCGCACGAUGCUACUUUAUUCUAUACUUUAAUCAUUAGCUUACAACUUGUAAACUUGUCCAUAUUACUAGUAUUAGAGAAGUGAUUUGAAGGCGUUACCGCAACACAGUAUAUAAUGUUCAGUGAGGACUGACAACUCGACCAAAUGCCGUAUCUAAUUAAUUAUAGGUUUUUUUUAAAUAAAUAGUUGAUUCUUGAUUUUCUAUAACGGUACCGUUGAAGGCAUUUCGUUGAGAGUCAGUGUUGUUAUGCUGCCUUUCCACCAGGAAGAUAAUUUUGUAAUUAAAAAAUUUUGUAGAACCAUAUUAUAAAUAUCAGAAAUUAAAUCGGUAAAAUAAGUACUUAUCUUAGCUCAGAAAAAUGAAAGGAUCAUUAUGCUUUAAAACUUUUAACUAGAAACAACUAAGAAAUAAGAACAAUAAUUACAACGUGGCUAUCAUAGUCACAGACACAUUUUUUAUAGUAUGCGCCAAUCCGUCUGAUCCCUAUAUCGUAACUUAUUAUGGUUCUUCUACAGAUUAAUUUACCUUCUGAAUUUCCAGUUUAUAGUUUCUCUCUAACGUAUAGUAUACCUUUUCUAAAAGGUCAUUAACGUAAGAUUCAAUAUUUUUGCUGUGGCUCUUUAUUAAGUACAGACAAUAUUACUUAAUAAAACACAGCUAAGGUUCUCUUUAAAAAACAAAACUUAGUAUAGUUCGCCACAGAUAAGAAAAGUUACACAAUACUUAUUGAUGGCAUAGAAGCACAUCACAACCAACAUCACAACUUAUCAACAUCACAUCAACUGGUGGACAGGCAGCUCUAUGCCCAGCACACCAAAGAUUAGUAUAAAAUGGCGUCCAUGCUCCAGUAAUGGAAUUCCCUUUCUGUGUAAAUUUCGAAUGCGAAACUUGAUUUUAAUGUCUACUUCAAAUGAUUGCUCAGAACGAGAAAAAAAAAUAUUAUUCGCUUUACUUAUUUGUAAAUGAGUGUUAUAAACGCGUAUAUUGUGUAAUUGCUCAAUUACAACGUUUUUUUAUUCUGUAAUAUUAUGAUUAUUAUGCUCAAAAGUGAGUUUUUGUUUUAUAUGGGAUCAAUUUGUUAUGUUCACUAAAUAAAUACGUAAAGUGAUUCGUCCACUAGUUCACUUGAGUGUACCUCUACGGUAUGAAGAUUCGAUGUUUUAACGAACACAUGUUAUCAGUAAAGCCAUCGAGAACAGAUAAAGAAUGUUAACUUAUAUUAAUUUGAUUCCGUGCGAAUAAAGUGUUAGCUGGUAUCUGACACUAUUUAAAAAAAAAAAAAAACAUACAUACAGCCGAACGUAAAACCUCCUCCUUUUUGGAAGUCGGUUAAAAAGGAUAAAAUUGUCCAUUAUCUUUCAACUGGAUUAAAAAAUAUCAUAUUUUUUGAGACGUGAUUGAUUACAUGAAAAUUUUAAUUUUUAAAAUAAUUUUUUGGCACAACGCUAACAGCAAUAAUGGUCUAUAUUUUUUCGUUUCAUGACGUCACGUAAACACUAAACCAAACAGUUUAGUGUUUCACAAAAUUAUUACUUUGACGUUUAUUCCUUUAUCGACAUCAAGUAAUAUCGUGACGUCACAUAUUGAGGGUUUUUGACGCUUGGAAAAAUUUUAAAAUUAUGUAAAAUUUUUAAAUCAUUAUCUUUUAUCAAUAAUUGAUAUCGAUAUAUUUCGGAUCUUUAUUCCAUGUAUACAUGAGUCAACUACCCUAUUGUAUGUCUUUGAUGUUAAUUUCGUGCGGGUUAUGUCAAUAAGUAUCUUCUAUUUUUCUUUGGAAGUCAGGAUAACGUCUUUAUCUUUCUUUAUUUAGUCUCGUUGGCUUUGCUUUACUCACUAGUAAAUAGAUUAAUAUUAUUGUAAUUAUUAUGAUGUGCCUGAUUCCUAUUAUUAUAAAGUUGAUUGUAUACUUUUAAUACGAAUCAAAUAAUGUCACAUGCCGACUGAUUUUUUUUUUGUGUAUAAAUUAUUGCAGAGUGUUUUCAUUUAAUUUAUUUUAAAUUUAUUUUAAGCGUGAAUCGUAAAUAAUUAUUAAUUAUGUGAUUAUAUGAAAAAAUAAGAUUGAAUAUGAUUAAAAGUGAAUGAUAAACUAUUAAAAUUGAUUGAAAACUA